AUGGUGAUGAUUGAUGAUUAUCCCGACUUUAAGAGCUUGAUUGAAGCUUGGGGAGGCGUGGAUGUCAAGACCCAACAGAGAGGAGCUGUCCUUCUUUGGCUUAUUUGGGAAAGGUACAAUAAGAAGAUUUACGGUUGCAAGCUUCCCAAAUCUCCCAAGAGCUCGAGAAUCUGGCAGCCUCCAUCUCAAGAGUGCAUAAAAAUUAACUGUGAUGCAGCCUUAAAUGUUGAAGGGUGGAUCGGGCUAGGUGCUGUUGCCCGCAACCACUUGGGUGAGGUCUUGUUUGCUGGUGUUAGAAGGUAUAAAGCUCACUGGUCUCCUCAGUUGGCAGAAUGCAAAGCUGCGGUUUAUGCUGUCAAAUUGGCGAAGCAACAUGGUCUUAAAAAUGUCAUCCUCGAGUCAGACAAUAGCACAAUUAUCUCUCGUCUCACAAAGGCUUCUACCUACCUCUCUGAUCUAGACUCCCUGCUUGACGAUGUGCUAGAUGCUUGCUUUUACUUUGAUUUUAUUUCCUGGUCUCAUGUAAAGCGGGAAGGGAAUUUUGUAGCACACCAUUUAGCUCGUGUCAUCCCUUAUGAUGUCGAGCAACAAUGGUCGAAUUGUUGUCCUAGUGAUAUAUCUCCCUAUGUACUAAUGGACAAAUUGUCCUCAGUUGAAUAA